CGAAAUCAGCGAAUCCCAUGAGAGACAAAAUACGUCAUGCAAAAUUAAUUGAGACAGCAAUGUCCAUUUCCUACUCUUAAUUUUACAAUUAUUAAUGUAAUUCCCAAUCACAAAACCUCCAUCCUCCUCGGAACCCAAUAAAUUCACAAUAUUCACAAACUCAACCACUUCUUCCUUCACCAUUCAAUUCUCCCUCCUCUCCGCCGCGACUCCAUGUGAAAUCCGCCCACAUUCCUCCCAAACACCCAAAAACAUCAAUGGGCUGCUGCAUCAGCACAAACAAAUCCACUCCACCUCAAAAAAACGGCCACAUUCCCUCCUCCACCACCACACACGGCAACGUUAGCAAAUCGCCGCCCCCGAGCCACCCACUCGCCGAAGAGGAAACAGUCAAAGAAGUCCUCUCCGAAACCCCGAAACCCCCAAUUCCGAUUCCGAUUUUCCACAGCAAGCGUGAGAGCCCGUUCAUCAAAUCAGCGCCUCUGCUGAAAAGCAAGGAGCGCCACGCCGCCGUCGCCAUCAAGCCGCCGUUCACCGCCGAUGAUCUGUCCGAGGCAUCCGAGAUCUGCAGCUCUCUCAGCGAGAGCGUCAGCGCUUCCACCUCCGUCACGGACCGGAGAGCCGAAUUGCGCGAGCUGAGGCAGCUGUCAAGGAACCGGCCAUUCUCCGGCGAGCUGCAUAGAGAGAAAACGGUUGGGAGAUCUCCCGCGAGGAGGCCCGAGCCCUCUCCGGGUCGGGCGCGGAGAAGCUCCGGGAGAAGGUCGAGGUCGCCGGUAACGCGCGCGGAUCCGGGUCUCGGGCGGGCGCAAUCUGCCAGGAGAACGGGUAAAUCACCGGGUCGGGUCGCACCCGGAUCCGCGGAUAAGAUCCGGAAGUUGGAUGGAGGGAAUGAAUGGCCACCGACGAAUGGGAGCAACGAGUCGCUUGAUAACCCGCUUGUGUCCAUGGAGUGUUUUAUCUUUCUCUAGUGUAAUUUUGGAGCUGCGUUAGGGGUAGUUUUGAAAUAUGUGAUGGUACUGUAAGGGUAUCCACAGUGGUGAUAGCCCAAUAAUAGCUCAGCCAUAGCCCAGCCACAAACUCCUCCUGCCACAUCAUCAAUACUAAAAAUCCUCAUGCCACAUCAGAAAUAGCCCAGCCAUAGCCUAGUCAUA